AUGGAGGGGGAAGAGAGAAAAGGUGAAGAGAAAACAAAUAAGAAAAUGGAGGAGAGUGGGUCUGUUGGCCUUGGCCAUGGUGGUAGAAGGAGGAGAAAAGAGAAGAGAGAUGAAAGAAACGAUGAGAAUCACAUUUUUGGAAACAACAAAAAUAUCAGCAUGAAAAUCUCAUGUAUUUCUAACUUGGUUUGUUUGCAUAUUGUUGAUUUCCAUUUCAGGCAGAAUCAAAGAAACAAGAAGGUGGAGAAUUCCAUUGUUGUUAUGGCUGAUAAUACUAAUAAUGAUGGUUUGAAUGGAGGAGUGCCACCAGUACUACCAGUGGCACCAGCUCAGGCACAAGCUCAGAAUCGUGCUAUUCGAAGUUUAAGGGAUUAUGUUCUUCCUACUGUUACAGGAGUGCAGACAUGCAUCAGACCGCCGACUGUCACAAAAAACAGUUUUGAAAUUAAGCCGACUAUACUCCAAAUGGUCCAGUCCACAGUUCAGUUUGGUGGACUCCCCACAGAAGAUCGACACAUGCAUAUAGCUAAUUUUUUGGAGCUGUGUGCCACUUUCAAGAUGAAUGGGGUGAGUGACGAUGCAAUAAGGUUGAGGAUUUUCCCAUUCUCAUUGAGGGAUAGAGCCAAGAGUUGGUUGAAAUAUUUCCAGACCAACUCUAUUACUGCUUGGCAAGAUUUAGCUCAAAAGUUCCUGGCCAAGUUCUUUCCCCCAUCCAAGGCUACAAAGUUGAUGGGUGAAAUUAAUAAUUUUUAUCAGCUACAUGGGCAAUCUUUUUAUGAUGCAUGGGAAAGAUUCAAAGAGCUACAAAUAAAAUGUCCCCACCAUGGGAUUGAGAAGUGGAUGUUAGUCCAUAAUUUUUACAAUGGGCUGUGUGGUACUACGCGUACGAUUAUUGAUACUGCAGCUAGUGGGGCAUUUAUGAGCAAGAGUAAUACUGAAGCACAUGAGUUGUUAGAUGAUAUGGCGAUGAAUAAUCACCAGUGGUCGGAUGAGAGAGCCACUAUUAACAGAAAACGGGCUGGGGUUCAUGAGCUUGAUGCUAUCAUUGCUUUGACUACUCAGGUAGCUUCAUUAACUAAGCAGUUGCAACAAAUCACUGUCUCAGCCAAAGCUAUUCAAAUGCACGCUGGGUGUGAAAUUUGUGGGGGUCCUUAUCCUUUUGAUCAGUGUACAUUAGUUGACCCUCAGAAUAAUGUUCCUAUGGACCAGGCUCAGGUUCAAGCGGUGGGGAACUUUCAGAGGCAGUAUAAUAAUCCUUUCUCCAACUCUUUAAAUCAUGGGUGGCAGAAUCAUCCUAACUUCUCUUGGAGAAAUAAUCAGGGGCAACAACCACAGUUUCAGGGUCAGUAUCAACAGAAUAUGCCUCAGAACAUGCAACAACAGAAAUCUAUGCCUCAAGCAUCAUAUUCUCAACAGUUCAGACCACCAGCGCCUCAGGAGAAGCCAAAUGAAUUGCAAGUUGCAUUGUUGACACUUACUAAUACCCAAACUCAGUUUAUGACUGAGACUAGAUCCUUUAUUCGGAAUCUGGAAACACAAGUUUUUGGCGCUAUUGCCGGGGACUCCCCACAGAAGAUCCACACAUGCACACAAGUGGGUCAGUUGGCAAACAUGCUGAAUAAUAGGCUUCAGGGGAACUUGCCUAGCAAUACUGUGGUGAAUCCUAAGGAGCAGUGUCAGGGGGUUACUGAAGACCGACCUGUUUUUGGCAAGAACACACCAGUGAUGGUUGAAACACAGGAGAUUUUGAUGAAGAAGAGAAAGAUGAAGGAUUAUGAAAUAGUGGCUUUAACUGAAGAGUGCAUCACCAUUUUCCAAAGAAAAAUUCCCCAAAAGCUUAGAGAUCCGGGGAGUUUUACCAUACCGUGCACUAUUGGGCCUUUUAAGUGUAAACAUGCUCUAUGUGAUUUGGGGGCGAGUAUAAAUCUGAUGCUCUUAUCUGUUUUUUUUUGGCUUGGUUUGGGUGAAGCAAGGCCUACAAUAGUGACUCUACAGUUAGCAGAUCGAUCAAUGAAGCAUCUAAGGGGUAUCAUUGAAGAUAUGUUAGUGAAGGUGGAUAAGUUUAUUUUUCCGGAAAACUUCAUUAUUCUAGACAUGGAAGGGGAUACUGAUGUCCCAAUUAUUCUUGGAAGACCAUUCUUGGCCAUGGGGCAAACACUUAUUGAUGUUCAGAAAUGUGAGUUGAUGUAA